AUGCCCGACCCAGCUCUCAAGACGGACACCGUCGACGAGGGCAUCGCGAAGGCGACCUUCAAUGAGGUAUCUCAACGGUUGUCUAUGCAGGCCUCAAGCAGCGCGCAAGACGAAGACAUCGAGAAGGGCGGGGAAACCACUUUUGACCUUCGGGAGUACUUGGUCUCGUCCAACGAUGCUAACCAGGCAGCCGGAAUCAAGCAUAAGCACGUAGGCGUCGUUUGGGAGGAUCUUCAAGUCGACGUGGUCGGUGGCGUCGGUCACAAGAUAUACAUACCGACCUUUCCUCUUGCAAUCAUCGCAUUCUUCUUGACGCCGCUUUCAUGGAUCAAGGCUUUCCUAUACCGGUUCUUUCCUUCACUUCGCAAGCAGAUUCCGACGCGUACUGUCCUGCACAAGUCCAGUGGCUGUCUCAAGCCCGGCGAGAUGUGCUUGAGGCGACUAUGCGAAGGUUUCCGGGCAAGUCCAGUACGCAGGAUCGAGGCCACCGAGAUGCGCAAGCAUUACAAGGGCGAGGUCCUCUACAACCAUGCGGAUGACGUCCAUAUCCCUUACUUGACGGUGUCGCAGACCCUCGGCUAUGGACUGAGCAUGAAGACGCCAGGUCCAAAGGGACGUGCUCCGGGGACGUCGAAAACGGCAUUCAACAACUCGUUGAAGAACGCAUUGCUCAAAAUGCUUAACAUCUCCCAUACGGCAGACACUCUUGUCGGAAACGAGUUCGUCCCAGGAGUCAGUGGUGGAGAGCGCAAGCGCGUCAGCAUCGCCGAAAUGAUGACCACCCGUGCCCGCGUUCAGUGCUGGGACAAUUCCACACGAGGUCUAGACGCUUCGAACGCCACCGACUUUGUCAAAUGUCUGCGCAUCUCGACCGACAUUCUCGGGCAAACGACUUUUGUCAGCCUGUAUCAAGCCGGUGAAAACAUGUACGAGCUAUUCGACAAGGUCCUCCUGCUGGACAAGGGUCGUCAAGGAUACAAGCCUCUACCGCGCCAGACCACCCCCGAUUAUCUCACCGGUUGCACGGAUCCGCACGAACGCCAGUUCGCUCCUGGAUAUUCUGCUGUCACCGUUCCCUCGACUCCAGACACACUCGAAGACGCCUUCUGCGCGUCUCCCAUCUGGCACAAGGAAUCGGAAGUGUUCUCGCGUUACAAGGGGGAGACGGCAGGGGAUGCGAAGGAACAGGAAGAGUUCCGUGCGGCAGUCGUGGCUGAGCAACACAGGGGAGUGUCGAAGAAAAGCCCGUAUACCAUCAGUUUUGUAGCUCAGGUCAUGAACAUCUGGAGACGCCAGACGCAGGUUAUUUGGCAGGGGAAGUUCGGCCUUGUCACAGGUUUCUUCUUGACGAUCGUUUUGGCCAUUGUAACCGGUGCCGGAUGGUUCGACCUGACUCUUGGCGCCGAUGGAGCAUUCACACGUAGCAGCGUUAUUUGGACGACGCUCUUGACGUCCUGCCUGAUGGCGUUCUCUGAACUUCCUGUCAUCAUGUUCUUCCGUCCCAUCUACGAGAAACAGAUGUCCUAUGGCCUACACCGUCCUGGCGCGCUCCCGCUUGCAAACACGCUCGCAGACAUGCCGUUCUCGGCAGUGCGUCUGUUCCUCUACACCAUGAUUAUCUACUUCAUGACGCACUUGGAACGGAGUGCGGGCGGCUUCUUCACGUUCUACCUCUUCAACUGGCUCGCCUUCCUCGACAUGCAGGCGAUGUUUAGAUUCUUCGGACUGAUCACGGCAACACACGACGCUGCUUUCAGGAUCACGACGUUCUGCAUCGCUCCGAUCAUCUUGUUCGGAGGAUGGAUGAUUCCGGUGUUCCAAAUGAAGCGAUGGCUGUUCUGGAUCUCAUAUCUCAAUCCGAUGUCUUACGCAUUUGCGGGAUGCAUGGAGAACGAGUUCAUGCGCAUCAAUGCAAUUGAUCUUUCGAUCCAGUUCUCUUGUGAUGGCUCCUUUGUCGUUCCACGGAAUCCGCCCGGUUUGGACAAGUACCCGACUGGACUUGGUUCGAAUCAAGUCUGUACCUUAUUCGGAGCGUUGCCCGGCGACCCUCAAGUUUCUGGGAAAGCAUAUUUGCAAGCAGCUUUCGGCCUGGAUACCGCUGACAUCUGGAGGCGCAACUUCCUCGUGCUCUUGGGAUGGUUCAUCUUCUAUCAAAUACUGCAGUACCUUGCCAUCGAAGGUCGACCGGUUUUGCAUCGAGGAAGCGGAUUCCGACUGUUCGUCAAGGAAACGCCGGAGACCCGCGCCUUGAAUGAGGCGUUGAAAUCGAAGCGAGAUGUCAUCCCAGAGAAGGACCAAUUCCCAAGCGACGAUGUCUCCAAAGUCUCUAGCCAGGAUCUGGGACAAAAACACGCACUUACCUGGGAGGGGCUCAGCUAUCACAUACCUGUUCCGGGAGGGCAACGUCAGCUUCUCCACGACUUGUAUGGCUACGUGAAACCUGGAACCCUCACGGCCUUGAUGGGUGCGUCAGGAGCUGGCAAAACUACUUGCCUUGAUGUCCUCGCCCAGCGCAAAACUCUCGGUGUGGUUUCCGGCGACAUCUUCGUAGACGGGCGGCCUUUGGACUCGAGCUUUGCUCGUUCGACAGCAUACGCGGAGCAAAUGGACGUGCAUAACCCGACUUCGACUGUCCGCGAGGCUCUCCGGUUCUCCGCGUAUCUGCGGCAGCCGAUGAACGUGCCCAAAGAAGAGAAGGACAUAUAUGUGGAAGAGAUCAUCGACCUUCUAGAGCUGCAGGACCUCACGGAAGUGAUGACGAUCUGCCUCAGCCAGGAAGCCAAAAAACGACUCACCAUUGGCGUUGAGCUGGCUAGCAAGCCGGAGUUCCUUCUCUUCUUGGAUGAACCGACGUCAGGUUUGGACUCGCAGAGCGCUUGGAACAUCGUUCGCCUGCUCCGCAAGCUCACUGACAGCGGUCUCCCCAUUCUGUGCACGAUCCACCAACCGAGCUCGAUGCUGUUCCUCCAGUUCGACCGGCUCCUCCUCCUGGAACGCGGAGGCUAUACGUGCUACUUCGGUCCCAUCGGCCCAGACGGUGCAGUCCUCCGGGACUAUCUGGCUCGCAACGGCGCGCAAUGCCCACCGAACGCGAAUGUGGCUGAGUACCUGCUGGACGCGAUCGGUGCUGGCGUCGCGCCUCGGAUUGGCGACCGCGACUGGACGGAGAUCUGGGCGGAGUCGCCUGAAGCGACUCAGGUCAUGGCGGAGAUCCAGGAGAUCAAGGCGAAGUCCCUCACACACAAGGGCGGUGCGGAGGACCACGCAACAUAUGCCACACCGUUCUUGUACCAGCUGAAGACGGUUACUCGGCGUAAUGCCAUCGCAAUCUGGCGUUCGCCGAACUACAUCUGGAGCCGACUCUACGUGCAUAUCUUCGUCAGUCUGUGGGUCUCUCUUACGUUCUUGCAACUCGGCAACAGCUCGCGCGACCUGCAGUAUCGAGUAUUCGGAAUGUGUAUUCUGGGUGUCCGUGCUUCCUACAGUUCUCAUUCGCAAGUGGAGCCGAUAUUCCUCUUCAAUCGAAGCAUCUUCAUCAGGGAAUCGUCCGCACGAGUCUACUCGCCGGAGGUCUUCGCCAUCGGUCAGCUACUCGGUGAACUGCCGUAUUCGAUCUUGUGUGCGAUCGUCUACUGGGUCCUCAUGGUGUAUCCUAUGGGCUUCGGUCGAAACAACUCUACAGGGAUUGACGGGACUGGUUUCCAGCUGCUCAUAGUGAUAUUCAUGGAGUUGCUUGGUGUGACCCUGGGCCAACUCAUCGCAUCACUGUCAUUGAAUCUCUUCCUCGCUGUCUUGUUCAACCCCUUCAUCGCACUCAUUCUCAACAACUUCUGCGGAGUCACGAUACCGUACUACUCUCUAAACCACUUCUUCAAGUCGUGGCUCUACCAGUUGAACCCGUACACGCGGACGCUCAGCACGAUGCUUUCGACGGAGCUGCACGGACUGCGCGUGACCUGCAAGGCGGACGAAUUCGCUAUCUUCAAUCCGCCGUCUGGACAGACCUGCGAGGGAUGGGGCGCCGAGUUCGUGAACACGUACGGCGGCUACAUCGACAACCUGCAGGACUCCACUUCCUGUCGGUAUUGCCAGUACGCCGUCGGGGAUCAGUUCUACGAGCCCCUCGACAUCAGCAUCCACAACCGGUGGCGCGAUGCUUGGGUAUUGUUCGCGUUUGUCGUGUUCAACAUGCUAGCUACAAUCGUGGUAUCACGGUACCUAAGAUACAACAAACGCUGA